UUUAUCUACAAGGACGUGGAAUUCCUGACUUGCUGUGGAUUAUAGGGGUGUCAUUGAGAGGUUAUCGAAGAGUUUGCUUGAAACUUAUAAGUUUCAUUGUAUUUUAAUUUAUUGACUAAUAUUAAAAAUGUUACCCCGUUUUAUAAAACCAACGAUCUCUGUUGCUCAGAAAGGAGCACAACAAUUAUCAACCAGCGCCAGGCAUAAUGCAAAGGUUGCUGUUAUGGGUGCAAGUGGUGGCAUUGGCCAGCCAUUGUCACUUUUAUUAAAAGAAUCAUCCCUUGUGACUGAAUUAUCUCUCUACGACAUUGUCAAUACACCUGGAGUUGCUGCUGAUUUAUCGCACAUCAACACUGCUGCUAAAGUCAAGGCCUACAAUGGUCCAGAUCAGCUGCGAGAUUCUCUCAAAGGAGCACAAGUCGUCAUCAUACCAGCUGGAGUUCCACGCAAACCUGGAAUGACUCGAGAUGAUCUUUUUAACACCAAUGCAUCAAUAGUCCGCGAUCUUGCCCAAGCGGUAGCUGAAGUAGCACCCAAAGCAUUCGUAGCAAUUAUUUCAAAUCCUGUAAAUAGCACUGUGCCAAUUGCAAGCGAAGUUAUGCAAAAAGCUGGAGUCUAUGAUCCAAAUAGGAUAUUUGGCGUGACAACUCUUGAUAUUGUUAGAGCAAACACCUUCAUCGGAGAGGCUAAGGGUCACGAUCCACAGAAGGUGAAUGUACCAGUGAUUGGUGGUCACAGUGGAAUUACAAUCAUUCCUCUAAUUUCGCAAUGCAAACCAUCAGUUUCUUUUCCUCAAGAUCAAUUGAAAGCUCUCACGGAAAGAAUUCAAGAAGCUGGAACGGAAGUUGUUAAAGCAAAAGCUGGAACUGGUUCCGCGACAUUAUCAAUGGCAUACGCUGGUGCUCGAUUUGGAUUUUCUCUUAUCAGAGCAAUCAAUGGCGAGCAAAAUGUUGUUGAAUGCUCAUACGUUAGAUCAAAUGUCACAGAUGCCAAAUAUUUUUCAACACCAAUUCUUUUAGGCAAAAAUGGCGUAGAAAAGAAUUAUGGAUUAGGAAAAUUGAGCUCUUUUGAAGAACAACUCUUAAAGAAUGCUAUUCCAGAGUUAAAGAAAAAUAUUCAAAAGGGAGAAGACUUUAUUAAUAAAAAGUAAACAUGUAGACGAAUUUUAACGAAGAAGUACACUGAAAUUGUAAAAAAAAAAAAUAAUACCAAUAAUAUAUUCCCGAUAACCCUCAGUUGACUGACAACAAUAAUUCGCAGCAUUUAAUGUCAAUACUGCACCUCAAUCAUGUAUAUGUAAUUUCUUGUAAAAUACGAUUAAAGUUUCCUUCUGGAUUAUACGUUAACUCAA